AUGCCCAGACUCUUUAAACCCAUUUCUGAAACAUCGCUCAAAUAUCCAGUCAGUCUUCACACUUCGACAAUCCCAAUGUCCAAGUUUGUCAUCAAGGUUGAGACCACUCCCCCUACCAUCUUGGUCUACAUACCCACUACAGAGUGCACAUACCCAUCUAGCUUUACAAUUGCCACCACCUACCCAACCACCACCUGUGUAACCAUGAGCCAUGUGCCCCUCACCAGCUCUUACACCACCACUCCCAAGCUAGACAAGCUAGGGACAACCCUCAUCCCUAUGGUUCCUGAGUCAAGGAAAGUGACCUCAGCCAUGACCUUUGUUUCUACUGCCACCAAUAUAGGGAACACACCCACAAUGAUGUCCGCACCCUCUUCUGUUAUGGUGACCAUUUCCACAUCCAACAUGGCUACUUCAGUGACCACCAACAUGGUAACAUCUCCACCUUCUACACCUUCUGAUAUUAACUCCACAUUCACAACACUCACACCUGAGGUGAUCCCAGUGUCCAAUUCCUCAGGUCCUGUGGUGAUAUCCCAACACACAGCCACACUGUCACAUGGUCCAGACAUCCCUAAGACAAUAUCAACAGCUACUAGCCACACACCUACUGGCACAACAAGUUCUGUGUCUGUGAUGACAAGUGUCAAGUCAGCAAACGCAGCCCCUACAAUGUCAGUCUCCAGUACGACAUUUGUAUCUGAAGCUUUGUCACCUACUAAAGGCAUCCCUACUAUCACAGCCACAAGUCUCAUCUCCUCAUCUGUGGGUGACACUGGUCCAUGGGGCAUGAUGACAGACACCACAUCAACCCACACAGCUUCCAGCACAUCAGCAACCCACACCAAUUUCAUCCCAUUGUCUCCCACCACAAAGAACAUGGAUAUAUCACCUGUUAACCUAUCCCAUACCACCACUUCCAGUGUGACGGCUACUCUCUCAAAUACUGGAAACAGUCUAACAUAUCCUCUUGCUACAAGCAUCCCAGUCACAUCUGCAUUCUCGUCCUCUCUGGCAGGCAGCAGUUCUGGGGCCACACAGGUGGACAGUGUGCCCUCAGCGCCAACCAUCACCAGUAUACUCCACAUGACAGCUGAAUCCACUGCAACACCCAUGACCACCAACACACUUGCAACAACCUUAUCUAUAGAGCCACCUGCCACUACCACAGCCAUGAUUGGAACAGGUCAGCCCAUUUUCCCCACCAUUGCUGCCACACUACAGGAGACCCCCCCAUUGAAUCCCACCACAGCCCUUCCUACAGAAUCUCUCAAGACAGAAAUGACUGCGACUCCCUUGAUUGCUUCAUCAGUUGCCCCCACAGAUAUGUGGGUUUCUGGGAUACCCAGCAUCUUUUCCCCAACAGAUACCAAAGUGCUGACAUCAUCCAUGAUGAGGGAUUCUUCCUCUAUGCCUAUCCCAAGCACACAACCUGUCACCACUGGCCUUAUACACACCACCCCUUUAUCUAUCCUAAUGACCACACUCCCAACUACCAAUGGCACAUCUACAGCAAUGUCUCAGGUCAUCUCCCCCAGUUUACCCACUAACAGUGUUGGACACUCCACUAUGGCAGCUGCUUUCACAAGCACUAGAGACACCUUUACACAUUCUCUUGCUACAAGUAUUCCUGUCACAACUAUAUUGCCCACCUCAAUGGCUGAUAGCAGUUCUGGGAACACACAGACAGAACAUACAGCUUCAACUCCAACCAUCACCCCUAUGCUCCACACAAUAGCCAAAUCCACCCCAACACCCAUGACCACCAACUCACUCAUAACCACCACAUUUAAAGAACCACCUUCAACUACUACCACAGACCUUCCUACAAAUUCUGUCAUGACAAAAAUUACAGACGCUUCCCAGGGCACGUCUUCAAUCAUACCCUCAGAUACACUGACUUCAGGGACAUCAAAUACCUAUCCUUCAGUAAGCAAUGUCACAAUAGACAUCACCUCAGUCCACACAGAUUCUGUGUCUGCAACCCACACCACCACCAUCCCAUCUUCCUCAACCCUCCAGAACUCAGAAACAACACCUAUUAUGAGCACAACUCAUAUCAUUCCUGGUAGAACAGCUACCUUCACACGUAUUGAAAACACCCUGCGUCCCUUUGCCACAAGCAUUCCAGUGACAACUGCAUUCUCCUCCAUCUCUGCCAGCAGUGCUGGGACCACACAGAUGGACAGUGUGCCCUCUGCUCCAACCAUCCCUCACACAGUGCACUCAACAGCUGAACCUACCCCAACACCCACAGCCACCAACGCACUCACAGUCACCACAUCUACAGAACUGCCUUUUACUACCUCAGCAGUGACAGGAACAGACCAGCCCACCUUGUCCACUCCUUCUGCCACACCCACUGGGAAAACCACAGUGACUCCUAUCAUAGACCUCCCUAUAGAUUCUCAAAUGACAGAACCAACGUCAGUUCUGCCAAUCACUUCUUCAGUCACCACCCCACAUAUACUCACAUCUGGGACACCCAGCAUCUCUCUUCCUUUGACCACUAACAUGUUGACACCACCAACCUCUAGGGUUCUGGCUUCUAGGACUGUACCAGACACACAGCCAGUCACCACCAGCACAAGUCACCUCAUCCCAUUGUCUACCCUGGUGACCACACCCCUAACAUUUGAUGUCACAUCUACAGUUCCACCUCAGGCCACCUCCUUCAGUUCUUCAACCAGCUCUGGAACACUCCUGACAUUGGGUAGCUCCUUUCCUACACCCACCACAGGCACACUGACUCCUGUCACCUCUCCCAUCCCCUGGCUCUCUCUGGCUACCUCAGACACAUCUAAGACAGCUACCACACACUUGGUCACCACUGCCACCCAGAUCCCCUCCCACAGUACUCCUAGCCUCACAUCCUCAGACAGUUACAACACUCACAGAAUGUCCACAGUUGUCACCUCCUCAUCUUCCACUAGCUCUGGUAUCCUGGAGACACUCACAUCCACAAUCCAGAUUUCACCUAGUAUAGGCAUCUCCCCUAUCACAGACACAGCUCUCACCUCCUCAUCUAUGGGAAACACGGAUCUCUUGGUUACCAUGACAGGUGCGUCUUCCACCCUCACAGUCUCCAGUAUGUCACCAACCCACACCAACUUCAGCUCUUAUUCCUCCAAUUGUGGCAUCUGCCUAUCAAGUACUGCAAACACCCCAAGUCCUUUAGCCACAAGCAUUCCAGUCACAUCUGCAUUCUCCUCCUCCAUCUCUGCCGGCAGUGCUGGGACCACACAGAUGGACACCCUGCCCUCUGCUCCAACCAUGACCAGUACAGUCCACACAAUGGCUAAAUCCACCCCAACAGGCAUAACCAGCAACACACUCACAACAACCCUAUCUAUAGAACCAUCUCCAGUCACUGCAGCAAUGGACAGUGUGCCCUCUGCUCCAACCAUCCCUCACACAGUGCACUCAACAGCUGAAUCUACCCCAACACCCACAGCCACCAACACACUCACAGUCACCACAUCUACAGAACUGCCUUUUACUACUUCAGCAACCAUCACAAUUGCCACCUCCUCACACCCUAACACUUACGGCAACAGUGGUACACCUACCCUGGCAACUACCACAAUAACCCACUCACUUUCUAGUACAAUACCAACCCAUACCAACAUCAUCCCAUCUUCUUCCAUUAUCCACAACACAGAGGUACCACUUAUCAGCACAACCCAUCCCAUCACCCCCAUUGUGACAGCUACUGUCCCAGUCAUUGGAAACACCCCAACGGGUUCCCUUGGGAUGAGUUUUUCAGUUUCACCUGAUACGUCGUCAUCAGUAUCAACUUCUACAUUUGCCUCUGAGCCAGGAACCCAAAGCUCUCCUCUACUGACUAGUACGUCUUCAGGAAGUACUGAUUCCUCCCUCUCUUCUUUUCAUACUGUCAGUCCACCAUCAGACUUUAGUCCUGAGUUGUCGGUGUCCUAUGUCCCCAGUUCAAGCACUGGCAUGUCCACUCUUAAAACCUCUGUGUCCACCCCCACCUUUCUAACUUCACAUACUUCAUCAAGUGAGUCCAGCACAACAGAGUCUCCCAUCAGGGGGAGCACAUGUACAAAUGCAAUUAUGACUUCCUUUGGUUCCUUGAUCUCCUCUUCAACACCCACAGUCACAAUGUCCUCUCCUCUGUCUUCCAUAAGUACCAUUCCAAGUCUGAGUACUACCACCAACUCUCUUUGUACCCUUUCCCAUAUCUCCAGCACAGAGGUUAGAGUCUUUUCUGCCAUGACAUCCCUUCCUCCUUCCUCCUCCACUACCAGAACUUCUCCAACCAUCUCAUCACCUACCACAGCUCAUACUGAAACAACUCCAUUCUCUUAUAUUUCUCCUCCUUCCACUACACCCUGCCCAGAAACUAUCACCAUCACCAUAGUCCCUACCUCUUCCACAACUCCAUGUGUUACCAUCAAUCCUGGUAUUGAAGUGACAUCCAUGCCCAUCACCCCAUUCUCAGUCCUUCCCUCCACCACCGAAAUGGUCACCACUUCUAGUCCUACCAGUACAAGAACCAUUCUCCCUACAUAUAUGGACCCUUCUUCAGUGACUCCAGAAACAGAUUCCUCAAACAUCAUCACUGAUGUGUCCAGCUCUACUGGCUCUAGGGAAACAGCUACAGACCCAGCUUUGACAAGCAUCACAGUGUCCACCACUGAGACUUGGUUGAGUGCCACCACUAUCAUCACCCCCAAUAUGUCUGGCUCCAUUAGUGUUCCACCCACCAUGAAACCAAGCAACGGUCUUCCAACUAUCACAACUUCAAGCAAGGCAACCCAUCCCAUCCUACCCACCACCAGGAUUCCAGAGACACCACUGGCCACCACAAAAUCCCUCACCACCCUUACUUCACUACGAUCAACUUCAACCACUACGCAGAUGACUUCACAAUCAGACUCGACCACCGCCCCAGGUACCUGUGCUAAUGGUGGCACCUGGGAACAGGGUGGUUGCAUUUGUGUUCCCGGUUACUCUGGAGACAGCUGUCAGUAUACGAAUGUCAGAUGCCAGAACGGAGGCACGUGGGAUGGUCUCAAGUGUCUCUGCGUCAGUACCUUCUAUGGCUCCCUCUGUGAGCUUCCAGUGGAGCAGUUAGAACUAGACACAGUGGAUACUGAAGUGGGCAUGGAGUUAUCUGUGGACCAGGAAUUCUCUCCAGACCUCAGAGACAACACUUCCAAGGUCUACGAAGAUUUCAGUAACACCUUCCAGAAUCAGAUGCAGAAGAUUUACAGGACCGUGCAGGGCUUCCAGGGUGUGGAGAUCCUGUCCUUGAGGAGCGGCAGCAUCGUGGUGGACUAUCUGGUCCUACUGAAGUUAACCUUUAGCCUCCAGCUGGAGAAAGAGUAUGAAAAAGUGAAGAUCAUAUUGAAAGAGGAACUGCAGACUGCCAUCCAGGACAGCUGUAGGGACAGCCAGACCCUGUGUUUUAAACCUGAAUCCAUCAAGAUGAACAAUACCAUGAAGGAGCUGACCCCAGAAGUCAUCUGUCGCCGAGAGGCUCCCGAGGGCUUUGAAGAAUUCUACUUCCCUUCCGUGGAGCUGAAUAGACUCCGCUGUGUCACCAGUUGCACACCUGGCGUGGACGGUGCCAUCGAUUGCCCAGGACAGUGUUUUCUACAAAAGACUGGUCCCCAAUGCCGCUGUUUCUCCACAGACGCUCACUGGUUCUCUGGCCCACGCUGCGAGGUGGCUAUCCACUGGUGGGCGCUGGUUGGGGGCCUGGUGGGUGCUGCGGCUCUGCUGUUGCUGUUGCUGGUGGUGGCUUUGAGUGUCUGGGUGACACGCUCCCAUGGGAGAAACAGGGACUACCAGCUCAAAGGCCAGUAA